UCACUACAAUUAAACAAGAACUCACUUUAUUUUAAAUUUAAGAAAUUUUUAACUGUUUCUGGCUAAAAGAUUAAAUAUAAUUUUUUGUAAUAUACUGUAUAUCGGACUACAAAACGUUAAGCGCUAAUUUCGAGUGACGUCAUCACUCGGAGUCCUAUUUGUUUAAAUUGUUGGCGGUUGGACUGGUACUGCAUGGUUUACAGUAGUACACUAACUCCCAAACCAACAUAAGUGAAAGCUGGGAGUGAUGGCGUCCAGAAAAAUUGUCAUUAAGUGUGGGAACUUUGCUGUGCUGGUGGAUCUCCAUGUUUUGCCCUUGGGGAGCCAAAAAGACGCCAGCUGGUUCACUGUGGCCCAUGUUGAGGAAGUCACAACCUUGGUUCAAGAUGCUUUGGACCAGAGGAUCAGACAGUACACCGAAUUCCUGCACAGCAAAAAAGGAUGCAAGCAGAGAAGGGAGAUGACCCCCCCGUCAGGGUUCUCUGUGAGAGGGGAAAACUUCAACCUCGUGGCCAAUUUCCUGAAGCGGCACUCCAAUCUCAGAUGCGUUGUCAAGCAGGAUCUGCGUUUGUUUCCUGAGCGAUACGUUGUGUGUGUGAGCGCUCCGGAAGAUGCCUUGCUGCACCAUGGAAACCCAAGCCUGGUGGCGAAUGAAGUGGGAGAACAAAGCAGAUCAGAAUAUUUCUCAAGAGGUAAAGAAACACAAGAGCUUUUGAGCAGCUCAGACACCAAGAAGUCCGUCCUUCAAAAGAUAGUCAAACAAACGACAUUCCAGCAGCAGUCCCUAACUGGGCAAACUCACCAGAGAGAACCUCCAGAAAAGGAUCAGGGAGCAGAAAUACAUCCAGAAUCUGUGCCCCAAUCUGCUGAGAAAGCCCUCCCAGAAGCAAGCCACAAAGUGCUUUAUGGUGGCUCUGCAGCUGAAUCUGAGGCUCCGAUAUGGGCCAUUCAUGAGCAGAAACCAGAGGCUGACAAUAGUCAGACUGACGGCAUUCAUGUAAACAAGGCCUCGUCAGGUUCCUGCCAACACCAAUCGAGACACAAGAACAGUAAGAGGUGCAAGCCAAGCGAUUCAGGGGAAGACCACCCCUCACAGCAGGCCAAGAGAACAUGCCUUGAAAGAUCACGAGCCACAACUCAGCCCCACUCCACUAAGUGCUCCUCACAAACAUCCAGGCUGGAGGAGCGUACUCCUCUGCUGCCUGCUCCUCCAGCCCAAGCCAAGGCAGAGUCCACGGCUUUCCUCGAAUCGGAGAGCAGAGAAACCACAGUGGAAGUGGAGCUGCUUACUCCGGAGAAACGGACCCAGAUCGCCCCCCCCUCUAGCAAAAACACAGCGCAGAGAAACCAAAACAUGCUUGCCACAAGUCUGAGGGGCCUAUCUGUCAAGCCUGCAUCCACAGACGCCUCUAUUGGUUCCAGAUCCAUGCUUAAAGAGAAGGGAAGUGAAAAUGUGCCCAGAGCCUCCAGAUUACGGCGACAGAAGAGGUUCUGAGGGGGAGAGGAACCGGGGCAAAGAACCCUGACGCCACACAGAUAGAGAUGAUACUCUGCAUGUCUGCGGUCCACGUGAUCUCCUCAGAUGACUGCUGAUACGCGCCAUGCUCUGGUCAUACCUUUCACACACACACACACACACACAGACACACACAUCAGAGUGUGAAUACUUUGUCGAUUGAUACAUGACCAUUUGGGUUUCGCUUUGUCAGAUACUUGAAACAGACUUUGCCUCCACCCUUAAAUAGCAGUGGUCAAGAGAGGCUCGCAAAUGAAAGUCAAAAACCUUAAAUUGGAGUUUAGAUUUGGUUUUCUGCUGAAGAAUGGGAAUUUCAGACAGGCAGGAGCCGUGCAGUACGUCAUGGCUUGCAGUCUGAAACGCUGGCUCCUCGGCGUCUGAAUGCAGUCCAGCAUCCGUGCUGGAGCUCUGAUUUGAUUGAUAGUAAAUUCCAGAUUUCUGUCAUUACACUUUUCUUAUGAAUAUGGAUAUUUUUUUCCCCUAAGGUUUUAUUCUUAAACUGUUUGCUUACGCAGCAUCCCGUCUAAAUCUAAUAUGUGCGACGGUCUGAACAUAUGGGUGGUAUUCAGAAACGGCAGGACGGCUUAAGUAUCACCAGUAAAAAUAUGGCUGCUGUUGACAACCUUUCAGUCUGUUGGCUUGUUUAAAGACGUAUGACUAGUAGGUUUUUUGUUUUUUUUUCUAUUUUAACAUUGUAACUGAAAUAAAUUCCUUUUUUGCCAAGAGGUAAAGAAAAGUCGCUAAACUGCUGCAAAGCUGUGAAUGUUUGCCAACACAUUUGGCUGAAAUACCACAAAAUCUCUUGGAGUUUUCCUCACUCAGAGCCCAGACGGGAUGAUGUUUAUGGCAGUUUGGACUGCAAGGUCUGCACAGGAGCUGUAAGAGGAGAUGAGCCAUACCAGGAACUUUUUUUUGGAGUCUUUUUUAAUUGCAGUUGCUAAUUCCCUGCUUUACUUUAGUCCUGUCAGACGCAGAGUUUGUGUUAAUAUCAGUUUGCCUCUCAAGACUGGUAGUUGGACCGGUUUUAAAGUCCCACUCAAUCGUCUUUUGAUCUAUUUUGAAAGCGUUCCCAGUGGUGCUUUUGAUGAUGCCGUUUUUAGCCAAAAUGAAAGAACCUGUCAUUUCCUGGGACAUAAAUUUUGCAGAGCAGCAGGAGUUCAUUAGAAAUUCACCUCCGAGUUGGGGGCGGGAUUGUUGGCACAGAGCAACCCCGUCCCCACUUCCCAUCACCCAUCUGUUAACACACUCUCCUGCCAGCCACAACCCAACAUUAGCAGUGCAACAAACUUGGCCAGCAAUGUCGGAGCUGUCCAGCCGUACAGUCUUGAUCCAGAUCCCAGCUCAGAUUGUCUCCGGCAUAGAAGAGACUCGAACCAAUGCAAGUAGCCACAAACAGAGACGUAUAGCUAGAAACCUGCUGUGGAUGCAGGUUGCCAUCCGUGGCAGACGCUCCACCAUUGGGCCUGAUGAGUCACAGACAGACUCUGCACUCAUUCUUCCAGAAGAAAGACGACUUUAAUUCUCUUUUCAUACAAAAUAUUUAAUAAAUAUGACUUUCAAAAAUAUAUUGCCAGCUCAUCACACAAUUCUCAAGUUCAUAACACAAUAUUCAAAAAAAGGACAAAUGUUGCCAUGAUUUCAAAGGGGUUAAACAUUAAGAGCCUAAUUUCUGUUAUAGAAAGUGUGCACAAACAAAUCAGAAAGGCAAUGCAAGGCGGUGUUUGUGAAUGAGUCCCAUUGCCCCUUUACUGUUCAAGUACUCACGGCCUAGCUUAUGGCAUUACGCUGACUAAAGCAGAUGGGAAUUUUUGGCGUGUCAUGGAUUGACUUGCCUUGCAAGCUGGUGGCUUUUGACAGCCUUUGAAAUAUAUUAAUGGGUUAAACUUAAGCUGCAGAAGAGUUUUUGUUCCCUUAAGUAUAAUAUCCAUUAGUGGCAAGCAAUAUGUCUGCCACCACGUCCAGCUCUCUCAGCAUCUGUGAACUUUCGUUGUCCUAACCUUAGUUGAACUCACUUAAGGUCCUGGCAACAAAUAAUGAAAUGUCAAAAACUAAAAAUAAAAAGUUUUCAGGCCCAAAGUGCCCAACUUUUGUCAUCUGACAAAUUUUACGUUUUUUUUUUUUUUUAUUGAAUUCAUUGAAAAUAAAAAUUCAAUGACAGAAAUGUAGGCUUUAAACUAUCAAAACCUUCAAUCUAUACAAAACAUAAAUAAAAGGAAUGAUAAGGCUCUUGAUUAUUAAGUUAAUAAAUCAAAUAUACACAAUGAUUAAUAAAAAAAA